UUACCGUGCCUUCCUCAACGUCUGAGAGUGGGAGGAACUUUGACCAACCAGCUUGGCUAAAAUAUUUCAUAGCCUAAUAUUGGAUAACACUUACUUGAACUUUUUUCUUCAUAUUUAUCUGUGUUGUUUCACAUAAAGCGAGAUGUGGUUUAUUUAUUUGCUAAGUUGGCUCUCGUUGGUGAUACAAAUAUCUUUCGUCACACUUGCAAUUGCGGCUGGACUGUAUUACUUGGCUGAACUAAUAGAAGAAUACACUGUUGCCACCAGUCGAAUAAUAAAGUACAUGAUACUGUUUUCCACAGGUGUGCUGAUUGGGCUGUACCUGUUUGAGGGCUUCCCGUGGCUGAUGAUGGGCUGUGGUCUCUUCACCAACCUGGUGUACUUUGGUCUCCUGCAGACCUUCCCUUACAUUCUGCUGAGCUCCCCCAACUUCAUUCUCUCCUGCGUACUGGUGGUAUUGAAUCACUACAUGGCCUUUCAGUACUUUGCAGAAGAAUAUUACCCCUUCUCAGAGGUCCUUGCAUACUUCACCAUCUGCUUGUGGAUCAUCCCUUUCUCGUUCUUCGUUUCGCUUUCAGCUGGGGAGAACGUGCUUCCGUCCACCAUGCAGCAGGGGGACGACGUGGUCUCAAAUUACUUCACCAAGGGAAAGCGGGGCAAAAGGUCCGGCAUCCUGCUGAUCUUCUCGUUUCUCAAGGAGGCGGUGUUGCCUAGUCGACAAAAGAUGUACUGAGCUCUACUUGUGGGUUGAGGGUUGUCAGGGUACCGGGGUAGAUUCGGGAUGGGUUUGAAGGAGAACUGGCCCAGGAGGAAGAAGAGUACUUUGUAGCAGAGCAGACGUAAGCUCCUGCUAGCGCUGCGGACUGGCCGCAGUAUGUUUACAGGACUUUGAUAUGUGGUUCACUUCUUUUCUGAGAAGUGCGCUCUAUAGGAAAUAGGGUGUCCAUGUCCGUGAUGAGGAUGCCAAGAAACAAACAGAAGCCUCUCUCCCUCUUUGACUUUUGUUCUCCAGCUAUAGCAGAAGCCUCCGUAGGCUCUCUGCUACAUCAGACCCUUCUGUGUUUUUUUUAAAAGUUUGUGAAUGGAACGUGUGUUGGUAUGGGUUUGGGCCGUAUUCAUUAGUGCAAACUGUAUCAAAAUAGAAAACAGGCGUUUGUUAUUGGACGAGUUCAUGCUGUUCCCUGUCCGUUUUAGUACGUUCAUUGUGAAUUAUUUUUAACCGUUUGGUGCCUAAUGAAUACGAGCCGGGUUGAGUCAUGGUGGAGCCAGGUUGGGAACAGGGUUGGAGUGAGACUAGGCUAGACGCAGUGAUCUGUCGUUGUGUGCUGGGUCGCUAACUCUAAUAGUAUGGGGUCACCUAUUAAGCCAAUGUCUAUAAUGAAGGAACAAAUGUGAUUUCUUUCUUCUUUUUUUUUUACAUCCUUACUGUUCAACAACGCCAUAGUUCUCAAACUGCUCAUUCUUUUGGAACCCUGUCAAUUGAUAAAAUCAUCAAAAUACCCCAAAAACAUGUUAAUAUUUGACAAGAUAGUUCAUGCACAAUGAUUUUUUUUACACUUGUAAUGGGUGAAACUGGAGAGAGUUUGGAGACUGAAACUGCUUAAAUUAUGUAAAUUGAUACAAUUAAAACAGCAGUUACAUGG